AUGAAUACGGUCGGUGUUUCAGCACGGCGCGGCGAGAGCGGGGCAGGGUUGCACUACAUUAUAGCAAGCGCGGGACAUGACCGCUCGAGACGGGAGCAAUCGCGGCCGCAUGGCGCGGGAGUUGCGGGAAGCGACCUUGACGCCUCACGAGGAAUGAAUCACGGCAGCGAAAGUGGGAGAAAUGUGCUGCCGCGCCCCGCGCCGCUCACUUUUACUUUCCAGUGUGGCGCAACCGACUGCGGCUUGGCGGAGCGCGCGCGCCACUCGCCCGGCGCCCGCGGCCCGCAGCGCCGUCGCGCCGAUCCACAUACCGCGCUCCCGAUACUCACCGCCCGCGCCUGUGACUGUGCCCGGAUUACAGUGAAACAACCACACAGUGCAUCACAUACGAUUCAGUUUGAGUGA